AUGUUUGAAUCCAUUCCUUUCACCAAGACUUCCCUUUCGUCUGAGACUGGGACAGUCUCAAGACGGCAAAGCCUCGAUCCGUGCACAGACAUGGCCGCCAUGGUCAGCUUUGGUGAGUGCUACAAGUCCGUAGGGCUCCUGAGAAGGGUCGUUGACCUCGCACGGCCGUGGAACCACUUUGCCGGUCCAUUUGAGGCCAAGCCGGCGCACGGUGGCAAUGAAACCAGGCGCGCGGGGGUGCUGCCGAGGCAGAGAAGCAUGAAAACUAGACGACGAGUACUUAUUGCAGAUGAUUUUUGCCCCGCCCUCGUAUCAUUGGGAAAGGAGUUACUGUAUCCGGGAUCCGCCUUCUUUGAGAAGGACACGCCACAAGACCGGAGAGAUGCUGCUGUUCCACACUUCGGGUAUUUAUAG